AUGCAUAUUCACGUGAUCACCGCCAUCGUGCUUCUCGCAUGUGCUAGUCUAAAUUCUGCCGGUACGUUUACGAAUGACUGCCCUGUCUUAGAUAUUAUGACCCUUCCUGAUUAACUGAUCGUACUUUAUCCUAGUGACUAACGCAAUUCACUUCUGUUUCUUAUCUAGAGGAGAACUGCAAGAAAGAGGGUGAACCCUGCGACAAAACCGUCUUUAACCGAUGUUGUGACAAUCUCGUUUGUGAUUGGCAAUCAAUAGGCAAUGGCAAGUGCGUCAAGUGCCUCGACGAAGGACGCCUCUGCGCGAAGGAUGAAGAGUGUUGCAGCGGGCGCUGCCAUUUGCUCAAAUGUGUUGCCAAGGAAGAUUCGUCGACAACCUCAUCGCACUCAACGACCCCAUCGCACUCGACGACCCCAUCGCACCCGACGACCCCAUCGCACUCGACAACCCCAUCGCACUCGACGACCCCAUAG